AUGUCGCGUUUGUCCGCAUUGAAUCCGACGCGUAGGCGACAAGUGGUUGCUGCAAUUAGCGCUUUCAUGAAUCUGAUUGUGAUAUAUGUGAGCCUAGGGAUGGAAUUGGCUAAAAUCUUAGAGAAACGUCAAUCUAUACCUCGACUUGCUAGGCAACCAUUGGAUAGCUACUUGGUUAGGCACUAUGAUAGGCAAAGGCACCUUAGAAACACAACCAGACUAAGUGACACCUAUACCUUUGACCAAGUCAGGAUGAAUCGUACAUUAUUUAGAAGGUUUUGUGAGGUUCUUAUUGUAGAAGGAGGGUUGAAGAAAACUAGGAACGUAGACAUUGAUGAGAUGGUUUAUACCUUUCUUCGUACCAUUUCACAUAACGAGAAGAAUAGGACUUUGCAAUUGAAUUUGCGACGAUCUGGUGAGACUAUAUCUCGAUCAAUUCAUCGUGUGCUGAAGGCUGUUAUUAGAUUGAACAAUCUGCUGAUGAAGAAGCCGGUUCCUAUUCCUAACAACUGUACCAACAGUAGGUGGAAGCAUUUUAAGAAGUGCCUAGGAGCCCUAGAUGGAACCCAUAUUGAUGUUCGUCCAUUGACUGAGGACAAACCUAGAUACCGAGAUAGGAAGGGUGACAUCUCUAUGAACGUCCUAGGUGUUUGCACUCCCAACUUGGAAUUCAUAUACUGUCUUGCUGGUUGGGAGGGUAGUGCUCAUGACAAUAGGGUGCUUCGGGAUGCUCUCACUAGACCAAAUGGCCUUGUUGUGCCUGAAGGAAAUUACUAUCUGUGUGAUGUCGGGUAUGCGAACAGCCCUGGUUUUUUGACCCCAUAUAGGGGUCAAAGAUACCAUCUCAAAGAUUGGGGUAACAGACAACCUGAAACAGCUGAAGAGUAUUACAACAUGAAACAUUCAUCUGCUAGGAAUGUAAUAGAGCGCAUUUUCGGUGUUCUGAAGAUGAGAUUUGCCAUUCUGAGAAAUGCAACAUGGUUCACUCCAGAGCAAGUGUCCCGAAUAGUUAUAGCUUGCUGUAUAAUACAUAAUUUUAUCAAGAAGGAAUAUGGAGUUGAUGAGAUUGAAAGAAAUUACCAGGACGAAGAGCCCGAACAGAUUCCUUCAAUUGAUGUGGAGACCAUUGUUGGUACUAGCAUGCAACCGUGCGCACAAUGGAUCCAGUUUCGCAAUGAAAGGGCCACUACUAUGUGGGCAAAUAGAUAG